AAAAAAAAAAUGGGCUCAAAUCAAUAGAAAUGAAACCCUAACUCUCUCAGUAGUCUUAAAGCAAACACUUGUGGCAGAACCCUACGGCGGCUCUUCAUCUCAUCCUCUCGGUCAAAUUUCAGUAGCUCUUCAGCCAUGGUGAACGUUCCCAAGACGAAGAAGACUUACUGCAAGAACAAGGAAUGCAGAAAGCAUACCUUGCAUAAGGUGACCCAAUACAAGAAGGGAAAAGAUAGUUUGGCUGCACAAGGAAAGCGUCGUUAUGACAGGAAACAAUCCGGUUAUGGUGGUCAAACCAAACCCGUCUUUCACAAGAAGGCAAAAACUACAAAGAAGAUUGUGCUAAGGUUGCAAUGCCAAGGUUGCAAGCAUGUUUCUCAGCACCCAAUUAAGAGAUGCAAGCAUUUUGAAAUUGGUGGAGACAAGAAGGGCAAGGGAACUUCACUUUUUUAAGCAGUUUGUUGCAGGGUUGCAGCUACUAUUCAUAUUUUUGUUCUAGCAGACUUUUUAUAUUAUUUGAAAUUUAUAUUGCAAGUGCCUGUUUAGCUUUUGACACAUCUGCCUGGAGAAAUGAAAAUCUUGUGUUAUUGACUGUUCUUA